AUGGAUACAAAUUUAAUAACUUUAUUUGAUAACAACGAAGAUGGUUUCUUGAAGGAGGAAAUUUUAAGUGAUGACUCUGAGAGUAAUGGAAUAAGUUCAGCUGAAAACAACAAAGUUGUUAUUGUAAAACUCCCAACCGGAAAAAAGUUCCGCGCCAUCCAUAUGGAAGAUGAUGAUGUGGAAAGCAGUGAGACAGAACAUCCAAGUUGUUCCAAGGAAAGGAAACGGCGCAUCGCUUGGUCUGAGAAUGCGGAAAAGCUUUUAUUAGAAUUUUGGGAAGAAAGAAUUGACGAGCUGCGUAGUAUGCAAAAUAAUGCCCAAGUAUAUUUAGAAAUCGCAAAUAAAUUAAAAAAGCGUGGGUAUCCAAUUUCUUUUAGUGAAGUUAAGAAUAAAAUGAAAAACUUACGAAACAAAUAUAAAGAUGAAAAGAAGAAAAUAGACGCAUCUGAUUCUACACCAUCCAGUUGGACGCACUAUGCCAAGCUGAAUUCAAUUUUAGAUGGAUACAAGUUAUUCAGUUUGGAACAAUUAGAAAAAACUAAAACAGAAUUUUCAUCAGCGCCAAUUAGACCUGAAUAUAAAAACAAAGAUGUGGAUCAAUAUGAAUUGCAAGUCACUAAAGAAGGCAAGUAUAACGAUACUAAUCGACACUAUUCAGAUCAUGAGUUUCCAUCUGCGUCCGCUAGGCCUGAACAUAGAAAAAGUAAGAAAGAUACGAUUCAACAGGCAGAAUUCAUACGUGCACUAAAUACAGCUAAUAGCAUUGCAGAAAAGGUGUUAAUGUUACAAAAUAAAGAGUUUUUAAACUCGCAAAAACAAACAGCACUGAUGGAACAACAAACAGAACUUCUUAAGAAUAUAGCUGAACGUACACAACAAUUUAACGCAAAAAUUUGGGGAUUAUUAAAUAAAAAAUAAGUCAGUGCUUACUUGGAUUAGAUUCUGCUAAUAUUAUAAAUAA